AUGGCAGAUCUUUUUACAAAUAAUUGUCAAGUUGCAUUAUCACUGGUGUCAGUUGUGAAUGUCAUUUAACGUGUUAUAUUUUAUGAGUGUUUCUCCCAUGUCUUAAUGCAUGAGUGUCUAAAAGUGGGGAGCAAAUGAUUUCGUGUAGAGUUAAUGCACUGGUGUUUGAUUUCGACUUGAGAGGGUAAAAUAAGAAUUCCACCUGUUGUAGCAUCAUUUGAGGGUCAUAAACCGAAUUGAGCACACAUUUGUGAAAGUGUGUUCAUCCAGAGGAAUGGGGUGGAAACCGCUAUCGCCUGCCUGAGGGGAGGAGUCACCUCCUCGCGCUGCAUGAAAUAUAACCCUUCCAAGUCUUCAUCUCCAACUUUAAAACCAACAUAAGGAAUUUACUCAUGGGAAACUGUUAAAGGGACUCACUUUCCGAUGGUGACCCGGACCACUUUGGCGUUUUAUUUAUUAGGAAGUACGCCCGGUCGCCUUUAUAAUGGAAACGUGUGUCGAGAGACGCGCUUGCCGUGUGGUUUUCACGGUCUUUCUGCUUGUCCUAAAUACUGUGAUUGCCGAGACUUUCUCUCCAGACGCGGACACCGAUAACCCACUGAGUACCGAAACUUUCUUUACCCGAACAACUGGUGUAAAACAAACCUCCUCCUGGCCGGGGAGAAAGGCCACUACAACAGCUGUGGAUCUAUCGAGUGGACUGGGGGAGAGGACGGACAUUCCCGCCAGUGUGUCCAUCACUGGAGCCCGGGAGGGACAUUCAGAAAAAACUUUAAGCAUCUCUACAAACACAGCUGACUGGAGGAUGACCUUGGAUGAUUCCACUGAACAUCUGCAGACUGACAAAGAGUUUACCCAUAAUGCCACAGCCCAAUGGGAGGGUCCAUCAGUAGCAUCGCACAGCAUCACCAGCCACCAUCCCAUUACAGAGGCUCGAACAGUGCGAGAGGUUCCCACAACGGAUCUGAGAGACAUUGACACCACCGACUCGGUCUCUCACACUGAUAGCACCUACAUUUCCACAACAAACCGAGUCAGAGAACACACACUCCUCUCGGUGACCUCCAACAGCACCUCUGUGUACACUGAGGACUCCAAUUCCUCGGAUGCUGUCUCUCAAACCUCCAGCUGGGAAGUGAGAACGUCAGGAGCCACCCAGGGCAAGGAGGAAACCGUAGAUGUAUCUACAUUGUCUGAACAGACUGAACCCACUUUUGAAGAUCAUAAUGCCACCAAUGCAACUCAAGGCCACUCUUUGGAGACCGAGCAGUCAACGUUUUCACAUGGCACUGAGUCACAGACGGGACAAUCUAGUGUCACAGGACAGACUGUUCAACAGGUGUCUGAUCAUGACAAUCCAAAUUCAACACCCCCUCUUACAAUGAUCAACAGAGAUGAAGGGGAAAUGGACUCCACAUCAGUGAGUGGUGGGACGUCUUAUACAGAAACCGGUGACUCUGUGUCAUCUAUCCCACCUUUUACCUCCGGUGGACACAGUGCCACUAGCAUAUCCCAACAGAGCCGUGAUUCCACAGUGACUUAUUCUCUGGAUACUGAUGCUUCCACUGAGUUUUCUACUGGAUCUGUCAGCUCAACUGGCCGUGAGGAACUCGAAGGUUCUCCGACCCAUACAGUGGAGGAGACAACCAUUCAGGGCCUGACCACUGCACCCCCAGUGCCUGAAGAUGUAGCCACCACAAUUGAUGACUCAUUUACGACGUUCCUUGCUGGCAAACCACCCUUCGUCCCAAAAACGGAUGAUCAGACCAACACAGAUGUGGUGCCAACAUCUGCCAUGCCAGCAACUCAUAGGCCACAGGUUACAGAGGAAGCCACUGAUGAGGCAUCAACUGUUUACAGUUCUACCAACACUUUCACUACAAUGAUUCCUCCCGUCACCACCCGUCAGGUCCAACCGAGCACCACACCGCUAGCCCAAACAGAACACACUACCAUCGCUACCACAGAUAUUGUUCAGGUACUGCGGACGACACCCACCACAGCCCAACGUCCGCUUACCUCCACUACUGGUGGACCACAGGCACCCAGUACAUCUGAUUCUGCUGACGUCACCACCUUGCACUUAGAAACCAGCACGGCAACACCAGGGAACACUACUGCACAUGGCCGACGUGCAACAACACCUUACAGCAAGAGCACCCCAACCAAGACCACUGUGGUGGAAACCACCCGGAAUCACACGGACAGAAGCACAACAGAGAUGGGAAUGACAACCACGCAAAUGCCAUUUAAGUCAACAGCAUCACCAGAUCAUGUGUGUGGGCCUCAGACUUGUGCAAAUGGAGGCCACUGUGUUAGAUCAGCUAAGGGAAGUUACCACUGUCAGUGUAUGCCUGCAUGGACAGGACCCUUCUGCACGGAACAUGUGGAUGAGUGUGUGAAUAGUCCGUGCCCCCAGGGUUCAGUGUGUGUCAACACAGGUGGCUCUUUCAGCUGUCAGUGUGCCCUGGGCUAUGACUUGGAGGAUGGCCGCAGUUGUACGCAAGUGAAGACAUUUUUGGGCACUUUCACCGUCAAUACCUCAAUGCAUCUCAGAAGUUCAGGUCCGCAUGAGCUGCACAGAGAGAUUUUACAGCUGCUCAAUACCUCGCUCUCCAUCUUCCAUGGCUACCGACGUUCCACUUUACAUAAAAAAGAUGGAGAAGAUGUGCAGAUUUCAGCGGUGAGCAUGUUUUCACUCUCCACCAAUGUGACCAGCACGGAUGUCUUCAACAGCAUCCAGACGUCCCUGAGCAACUGCAGCCGGACGUACUCACACUGCACCAUUAAGCUUCAGCACCAUCUCUCCUAUCACGCGGAGAGCCUGUGUUUGGCCCAGAAGACCAAGUGUGAUUUGCAGUACUCUGCGUGCACGGACUCUAGCGGGACCCCGUACUGUCAGUGCAAACCAGGAUACUUUAAAAAGAACCCAGAGGACAUGACCUGCAGAGACUGUGGAGAUGGACUCAAGCUUGUUAACGGCAGCUGUGCUGAGUGCAUGUUUGGAUUUGGAGGUUUCAACUGCAAUAACUUCUAUAAGCUGAUAGCUGUGGUGGUCUUUCCUGCUGGAGGAGCUCUUCUGUUGAUUGUCAUCAUUGCUCUUAUAGUCACCUGCUGCAAAAAGGACAAAAAUGACAUCAACAAAAUCAUUUUCAAAAGUGGAGACCUUCAGAUGUCGCCCUACGCAGAGUUUCCUAAGAGUAAUCGUGUGUCUAUGGAGUGGGGCCGAGAGACUAUUGAGAUGCAGGAGAAUGGCAGCACCAAAAAUCUCCUGCAGAUGACAGACAUUUAUUACUCGCCUGCACUUAGGAACUCUGACCUGGAGCGUAAUGGCCUGUAUCCAUUCUCCGGUCUCCCCGGUUCCAGGCAUUCCUGCAUCUACCCAGCUCAGUGGAACCCUUCCUUCAUAAGCGACGAUUCACGGCGAAGGGACUACUUCUGACGGCCUUAGCCAGCAGGUGUGCAAUUUGAUUCUGCAUAUAAGCUCUCACGGCAUGGUUGGACCUGCCGCAGAUCCUGGAGCUGGAUACUGACCACUAAAGGCCUUUGAAUGUGAAAAUGAGCUGGCAGGAAAAUACCAUUAUCUGUGAGAAUGGAAGAAAGCUGCAAAGGCCUGUCUGGGUCAAUUUAGCAUUAGAACACAGUGCCACAAUAAGACUUUAGUUUCUGCUGUGGAGCUGAUGAACUGAUGUUCUCAUAACUCCUCGCUGAGCGUUUAUACUU